AUGGAUCGAUCCUGGUUUAUGAAUAGCUUCCGAGAGAAUGCCAUGAUAUCCGUAACAGGGUUUAUAGCAGUUGGACUAGCUUCUAAGCUAGUAUAUGAAGUAUUCAACUGGAAUUACAAAGCCUUUUUAAAUAAAGAUGAGUGGAACAAGAAGGGAUUCAAAAAAAUACCAGUUCCUCCAAAGAAAUAUCUAUAUUUUGGCCAUAUGCUUUCAUUAAGCGAAGACCCUACUGCACAAGUUAAUCAAUGGUUAAAGACAUAUGGCCCAAUUUUACAUCUUACCAUGGGUGUUCAACACUGGGUGGUAAUUGCUGAUCCUCUACUUGCCAGUGAGAUCUUUGUUCGAAACGCAUCUAAAUCUUCUGGACGACAAAGACAUAUUUUUACCCACACAAUAUACGCAGAUGGUGCAAAAGGCUUAUCAUUUACUGAUUCGGGUAAAAAAUGGCAGAAAUCGCGCAAGAUAGCGCAAUCCAUGCUGUCGCCGGAACGUAUCGAAAAAUUUUCGGGAGUUAUUGAGUCUAUAACCGAUAAUGUGGUCGAUGAGCUAGCCAAGGCUUCCAAUAGAGAUGGAUCAGUUUGUCCUCUUUCCUUUGUGAAACUGAGCACGUUUAGUAUAAUGCUGAAAUCAUUGUUCGGAAAAACGGUAGAUUCAAUCGACGAUCCCCUCCUUCAGGAUGUUAUCUGUAUUGCAGAUGGAAUUGUAAAAUACAUCAGUCCUGAACAAGAUAUCGGGUCAUUUAUACCCAGCUUUUCAUGGAUCACUAAAUUUUCGAAACAGCGAAAGGGUAUGGCAAAUGUAGUCAAGCUACGUAAUGUUGUUUUGCCAAAGUUGGUUAGUGAGGCCGCUCACGGAGAGGUUGAUUGCCUGGUAAAACAGGCCUACGCACUCAAAGAAGAGUAUGGUCUGGACGACGACGAUCUGGUCUCUAUGAUGAGCGAUUUACUUGCUGCCGGUGGAGACCCAACAUCUGUAUCUUUAACUUGGCUCCUUCUUAUACUGGCACAAUACAAAGAUGUCCAACAAAGAGUGUGUUAUGAGAUAGAUGCUUUUGUUGAACAGAAUGGCCGAUUACCUUCAUUUUCAGAUCGAGAGAAUGUACCAUACAUACGCGCUGUUCUACUAGAGUGUAUACGUUUUAGAAGUAUAACAAAUUUCGGCAUUCCCCGUUUUGUUACUGAGGAUAUUGAGUGUCUUGGAUAUUUUAUUCCAAAAAAUACAGUAGUAAUGACCAGCAUGCAUGCAAUGCACAUGUAUCCAAACAAUCAAACAGAUGCUGACCAAUUCAUACCCGAGCGUUUUUUGGGAAGAACAAAAACCUGGGCAGCUAACUCACGCGCAAAUGUACAAGAGCGCGAUAUGUAUGUCUUUGGAUGGGGAAGGCGCAUAUGUGUAGGAAUACAUUUGGUCGAAGUAGAAGUCUUUAAUAUGUGUGUGCGAGCUCUUGGACGGUACAACAUCGAGAUUCCUAUGAGACAAGAUGGGCUAGUAGAUGAUAUAAUAUCCAAAGGCUCAGUUUCAAGAGGACUCAAUUGUAUGCCACAUGACUAUACCUUGAAGUUUAUCAAAAGAUGUAAUACUCCUUUAGACGCUCAUGCCACUAAAAAGGACUAG